AUGGCGGAUAGGGUGACUUGGGUUUGUUGCUUACUUGUCAUCUGUUUUGUGAGUUCCUUGGCAGAGGAAGCUGAAAAUUUAUCAGGGAAUGACUCAGUUGAAGGUAAUAGGCGAACUGACUGGGAAUGUUAAAGCAUUGUACGAGUGGUUGUAAGUUUAUUUGUAAUCUUUGCAAACCGAAAUCAUAUUGUAUUUUUCAGAUGAAAAAAUGGUUGACGAAAACAGCGUUUCAGGAGGAGAAAAUGACACCACCUUGGAAAUAUUCAAUAUAAAUGAAACAUCAAGCAAAACGGAGGUUAUAGCCGCAAAUGAAACGGAGUUAAAUGAAAGUCUGCCUCAAACUGAAAAUACCACGGAACAUAAAAUUGAAGUCGUCAACUCUACAACCACUCCAAAAUGGUUUUGUAAGGGAAGGAACAAUUCACAACAUAAUGACUCCCUACCACAGAGUGUGGCCAUAGUUGAUGCAGAGGAGUUGCUCAAGAUUAUUAAUUCGACGUCAGAUAAUAAUACUGACGCUUGUGCAGUUGUUUUGUUUUUCACCCAGUAUUGUCCAUUUAGUGCAAAACUUGCCCCGAUGUAUAACGCUCUGGGACGAGUUUACAACAAUUUACCCAUUCUAGCUGUGGAUGCUUACAAACAACACAGGUGAGUUUAAGUUUGGAUAACAAACUGCUGGUGGGUUUUCAGAUUCCUUUACCUAGAACAAAGAACUCAACAAAUUUGCCUUACUGCCAACAUCAACCCCAAUUAGGGGAUUAUUGGCUGAUCCAAUACCAAAUUCUCUGAACUAACAUAAUGAUAAUUGUCUGGCAGACAAUUAGGAGAGUUACAAAAUAUUGGGAGAUGAAAUCUUGGGAGUGAAAAGUUAGAGAAAAGGAUCCAUUUUGGUUUAAAUACCCAAAGCCAGUAAAACGCAAGGUGACAAGAAUAGACAAAUCAACCUGAGGGUUAUCAUCAUAAAGCACCAAAUUCUCACAACCAAUUUAGAAGGAAAUGUGUAACAAGUAAUAGGGAGAAUUAUAUCUAAAAUCUUUAGAGUUAAAUGGUUUCUGGGAAAAUUCCUUUUUUUUCCUUUAAGUGGGGCAUUUUUGUAGUUGUUUUUCACUGCUUAGUGCAUGUUGGUGAUCAGCUGAAUAACAUUAUUGUGCUCCUUUUAGUCUGAAUACUCGUUUUGGAGUGGUUGCUGUUCCCACCAUCUUGUUGUUUCACUCUGGAAAACCUGUGUUGAAAUUCAAUAAUUCAAUAACCCUGGAUGAUCUUAGAAUGUUUGUCAAGAACAACACUGGUAAGUUUGAUACAAGGUGUACUUCUUGUUUAACUGAAUGGGAUCUGUAAAUGAAAAUAAGUGAUUGAAGCCUGGUUGACCUUAUAAAUGCAGACAUAUUUCCAGUUUGACCCUCUCCAAAUGAAAAAAUAAUUUAUUUAAUGGGUGGUCAGAUGUGAUAGCUGUCUAUUGAAUAAAACCCCUUGCAUGAAUCCUGGCAUAAGAAAUCCAUCACCACCCCUUGGACUUGGCUUCAUCAUGCAACUGAUCGGAGGGUCUAUCGCCCCAAGGAUUAAGCUGCAACCAUGGUAAAUGUCAUCAGGCUACAUCCAUGACUGGUAAUAAAAUUUGUGGAGUUAGUUUUCAUCAUUCCACAGCAAGAGGUUCUCUUAAAACUUGUAAAAAGUCCUCUCUCUUGUACACCAGGAAGCAUUUUCAAUUAAAAAUGGUACAGUUUUUUGCAGUUACACUCAGGGCCAUGAGUUCAUCAGUUUAGUGUCUGUUCUAAUGCACUUUCUUAGUAGAUAAAUAAUUUGAUUGAGUUCCAUAACUUUUUUGUAAGGUAUUGAGGGCAACUUCAGUGUGGAGAUCUCAGAGGAAGAUUACAUUGGUCCAGUGAUAAACAAACCAACUGAAGAAACAGACUACUAUUUAAUAUUCUCUUCUCUGUUCCUUUUGAUGUUUGGUGCAUUUAUGUUUGCCAAGUCAAGCUAUCAGGAAUUGCUUUGGGACAGAAUACAAGCAAUUCCUUGGCGGAGAUUUGUUCAGUGGUUUAGAAGAGAUAAACAAGACUAGGGAAACUUUCUGUUUGUCAGGCAGGCCAGGUGAACAUGUCAGUUUUAAGAUCGGACAAUACCAGUCAUGGUCAAACUAAUCCAAUCUUUUGAGAAAGGCUAGUCACUUUUCAUGCCUGUGCACAAAAUACUUGCUUGCCCAGUACUGGAAAGCCCAGUAUUGGAAAUGGUGGUGCAAAUGGAAUUUUCUAUUGUUCUGGUAUUGAAAAUGCAAGAGAGCACAACUCCCAUGCCUUUACACACAAUGAAUGGAAUUCUUAAUUCCAUUUAGUCUAACACUUUAAAUAACCAGAUCAUUCCGUUUUGACCAGAUCUGAUCAAUGGGAAGUGCCAUGGCAAACAAGCACUUGAAUUCAAAAUAACACACACUUAUUUAUUUCAAUCCUUUGAGGAUAUCAGUCUCCUUUGCAAUUUUUGUCCAGUGUGAUGACACAACAUUUGCUCUCCUCAUUGGCCAAAGUUGUGUAUUGUGACCAAACAAAGGCUGCAAAGGAGACCAAGGAUUUUACUGGUAGAAAAUUAUGGUACAUUUUAGACCUAAUUGGACAGAAGUGAAAGUGAAAUGGAUGGGAAAAUCAGGAAAGCAAAAUAUUUUUUACAGAAGAGGAAUAAGAUAAUUUCUUGAGAGGAAAUAUAAACUAGAUUUGAAUUUUUGGAUCUAUUACUGUCUUACCAAACUAAAAAUUUACUAUUUUUCAUUUGUAAUAAAUAAGUUUCUUUCUUGAUUCUGAUUUCUAUAUGAUUGUCUGGAUCAUCUUGACCAGGACAAGUAAAUGGAAACCAGGCCAAAGUGUAAUGCCAAAACAAGUUCUGGUGACAGGAUAGUUGUUAAUAAUGUGCAUACUGUUGUCACAAUUUUGUUAAAUUAUUAAUAGUUUCCAUAAUUAUUUAUUGGCUAAGAUAACAAGGUAAUGAAUAUUUGGGGUUUGUUAGCAAUAUAUUGAUGAAAAAUAACAUGAGUGUAUAGACUUUUUUUAAUCUUCAUUUGCCUGAGGUGUAUUUAUGGGUGGUGUAAGGUUCAUGGAAAUGCUCUAGUAAAAUGAAUGUCACAUAUUUAGUGGUUCUGAGUUCCUCUUAAGAGGAAGGUUUAUCAAAUUCGUAGAAAAAUGUAUUCUGAAAGAAUCUUACAACAGACAAAUAAACAAAACAUUCUUUUAUGUGCUCAAACAUAGCUGAGAAAAAACUAAUUGAGAUUUUAUUAACAGUUUUAAUAGUUACCGUAUUUAGAAGAUAAGCAGGCACACAGUAUCCAUAAGAACUUAAAAGACAAAUAAUUAACUUGUCAGUUUUAAAAGAUCCUUCCUUUUUUGACAAGUGACAGAAAUGCAAUCACAAGUUCUAGAAGUUCUUUAACAUAUUUGAAGUUGUUACAACCGAC